AUGAGUGGGUACAGAAUCUCCCCGAAUGCUCUCUCCGAGGUCAUCAUCAUCUGGGUAAACCUUGGGAAUGGUUCUCCUGUCACGACUGUCAAUCAAGCCAUGACGGUCACAAAGACCGUCACUGCUGGUCCCGGAGGAGCAGUCACUCCCCUGCCCGGGUACGGUGCCAGUACCACUGCUGCUGCGCCUGCCAAAUGUGCCACUCAUACCGUCAAAGUCGGUGGCCCUGGGGUCCUUACGUUUCAACCAUCGGAACUGAACAAUAUCCCUGUUGGCGAUAUCGUGGUGUUUGAGUUCUUUGCCCAAAACCACACCGUUACUCAGUCUUCCUUCAACAUCCCUUGCAAGGCUUUGGCUGGUGGAAUGGACUCUGGAUUUCUCGCCAAUCCCAACAACACCGUUUCGCCCCCUCCCCAGGUCGCCAUGCAGGUCAUGACUGCAAAGCCCCUCUGGUUCUAUUGCCGCCAAAAAGGUCACUGUGGUAAAGGGAUGGUCUUCUCCAUCAAUCCCACCGCCGACAAGACCCAUGCCAUGUUCCGAGAAUUGGCCAUUGCUCAGAAUGGCACUGGUUCCGCCACCCCCGUUAGCGGUGGCAAGUCAAGCGUGGCCCCUCCGGUUCAAGCUCCUCAGCAGACCCCAGAUGGCGGACAGAGGUGUUCCGGGACUUCCGUUGCCGGUCCCCAGUCGAGUGUGGCUCCUCCAGGUCCUGCUCCCCAACAGACGCCGUAUGGCGAACAGGGAGGUUCCGGUCUGACUUAUGGUAAAGGAACUGUGGGAGCCGAUGGAUCCUGCACGUGCGUUGUCGCCUGCAGUGCUGGAUCAUUCCCUGCAGUCCAACCGCAGGGCGUCGGGGCAUGUGGAGGGAUGGCGGGCAGCCUGCCAGUCAUGGACUCCAUGUCAUGA